CUUCAACAAAUAUCAUCAAUCAAUACCUAGGUGUGUAUACUCAUAACACCGUUGAACCACCAUUCGAUAGUGCCUACAGCGAUCACAUCUGCCCCCUUGGCUCUUCCUCUUCGUUUCAUCGACAUGACCUUCCCCUUCUGCCAUCUCCGUGGCCUCGCCAGAUGCGCUGGAGAGUCAUCGCGCCAUCCUCUCAGUCGCCGCUCAUCUCAUGUCACUAUCGGUUCUCGAUACCGAACCACGCCGAGCGACCCUCCACCACCCUCCGAGAAGCCUCCAGCUAUCCGCAUGAAUCGGUCCAUGAAAAAGCCUUCCAGCAAUGUCUUACGUCCAUCACGAGUCCCCACCUUCGACUACAAACUCGAUCCCCAAGGCAGUACCCACACCAAACCGAAGCUCGUCUGCACGUCCGACUUUAUUGAGAUUGACGAUCUUUUGCGGACGUUUGGCGGGAAUGUGUUGGCGGUGGAUAUCAAGUAUCCGUCAGAGCUCGUCAAAGAGGGCGAAAGGGGAGCGGUACAAGGGCCAAAUCAGGGCUGGUAUAAGCAGGGACGGACGACGAUGGUUGCUAUUGGCGGCAGGAACUUGAUCUUGCUGGUGCCCAUAGGGCCUAAUGAUGAUAUUCCCGAUGGUAUCGUCCGCCUCCUCACCACUCCCAGCAUCUUCAAAGUCGGCGGAAACAUCCUCAAGACGUGCAUGAAGAUCCACCGCGACUUUCCUCAUCGCUUUACACCCACCAGCCGCCCUCAAAAGCUGCUUGAUCUCGCCGGAAUGGCGCAAGAUAUCCAUCCGCAUAACAAGACGUGGAUGGAAGAUAUUCGGAUGACGGUAUCGGCGAUGUGUCAGGUGUAUGUCGGGAAGGCGUUGACGAAAGAUCCGUCGACGAGGAUGGAAGACUUUUGGGGAGGGCCUGUGACUGAAGACAAGAUCGAUUGUGAACUUCACAUCUUGCGUUAUUUGAGCGUUGCUGAUCAAUCCAGGAAAUGGCUUUCCAAAGAGGUCUUGUCCUCGAUCCAAACAGGUACCUGAAAGCGGUCGAGUUGCGGUUCAGAAGACAUAGAGAUUCAGACUGAGGGGAUAAUGGAUAGGUGGACAGCCAUGGCAAAAGGCCAGUAAACAUGACACGUACGCCAACAACUACACGCACACACUCUUCAUUACCACCGCCAGUCACCUCUCUAUGCGUGUCAGGCUAAGCCCAUGCAUACCUCAUGAGUAACACGAUAUGAGUCUUUCGACUGUAGCGGAACGGCACGUCAGGGGGGUCCAGAAUCCUCGGACGAGCAAUCGUGACCCCGCACCAGGUGCCGUGUACCAAAGAAACGGCACUUAGUCUGAAUAAUGCUUGGUUGUCAUGCCUCUCAUCUUCCCCAAUAGAUCUGGAGCACAUCGAGCCUUCAGACACAGCUUUUCUUCUUCCACUUGACUGGCCAACAACGUUGUUCGAACAGUAGGUCGAAUAAGAUAUCGUCAAGGCUGCUAGUCUGUUUGAACGUUUCGACUGCAUGCCAACGCCCCGCAAUAGUACCCCAUAUGAUCCAUUCAAUGCCAAGCCUGUCAGUGCCGCACUAACUCAUUU